UGUGGCAUUGUUCGGUACGACCUAGGGUGUUGUAGACCGAUAUACUUGAUAUACUUAGCUUUUCUCUUAAUUUCAUUCUCAAUAUAGUUUCAAUAAGAGCAAUUAGAUUAGUCGAUUAUAUACUAUUGGGCGUAGAAAUUAAAACAUUUACUUCUAAGAGGACAUUUUAUUACAACCAAUCACUGACAGCUGAUCAAUUAGUUUAAUUCAUUCUUAUCAUUCAACAAGUGACCUUUCGUGGCCAGAGAUUAAAUUCCCUAUUGGGCAAUGCAAUUAAUCCCGUACGUGGGUUGUACUAGUAAACUUAUCAUGGAUUCUUAUGUAGUUUGUCAUGUCGUUGUUAGUAAUGCCGGAUUUGCUGUCACGAUGGCAAUGCUAUCAGCUUGUGUGGAAAGCUUGAAACGAUAAGAUUAUCUUCCUGUUUAUAGGAGACAUAUCGGCGAACAGAUUACCUAUAAACGUUAUCAAAAGGAAAUAGACAGAUGCAGGAUAUCCGUGUGCAACUACGUGCGAUGCUAUAAAAACAGUGACUAGAAGAGUGGACAAGAUAUCAGAUUUUUAAUAAACAAUGAAUAAUGAAAGAUUCUGCGAUUUUUUACAUCGUAAAUUAUUAUUGUCUAGACACCAUUGCGGUAGUAUGCUUUAUUCGAUGUACAUUGCUUUAUGAGUUCUCUUCUCUUUUGCUUAAUACGGUAAGUUCCGGUACCGCUUCCUGUACCGCCAUACUAAUAAAAUGCAUUGACGCAAAAUCGGUCAUUUAGGAUUGUUGGGUGCGAGAAACGGUUCGAAUUUAACGACUUUUCAAUCAUGUUGCUAUCAUGAUCAUAAUUGAAUCACCAUCUUGAUGGUCGUUGGAUUGUACGAUAAGAUUUGUUGCUGCUAUAAAAUUUAUUACACGGAUCUUGGACAAAGUAUAAAAUCAAUACGAGUUUGGAAACGAUAGAUCAAUCUUGUAAUCUCCUCACCAAAGUGUGCUUCUAACUAACAUUACUCCCAAGAGCAAUGAAGACUUUAGCAUUGGUUGCACUGUUUGGAAUGUGUUAUUGUUUUAAUAACAUUCUUACAGUUGAGGCAGGCCGUCUGGCUUCGAUGCAAGUAGUCGAGCGCCUGAAGGAGAUUGAACCGAAGCAUGCCGAAAUUAAGUAUCGUAUCAUCAAUUUCGUGUACUCGGCGAAGUAUAACUUGGUGCAAAAAUCGGACGAAUUUUACAAGCAAGUGUUCAACGCCAAGGAAGGUUCGCUUGGCAGCACGAUAGCCCUAGAAGAUGAAAUGCUAUAUCAACUCGAUCAUCAGUCAGCAUCGGUAGAUCGUAGCUGUCUAAACUUUCUUAAAACAAUUGUGGAAAACAACAUGAACGUUGCGGGCGUUGGUUACACGAAUUGCAUUAACGAGGUGGAGCAGGGAAUCGAUAAGGAGCUUGAACAUGCCCAAAAGCUGCUGGAAGUGGAUGAAUCGGAAAUAUUUUACCAGAGUCUUUUGGACGUGUUCAAGGGAGAGAAUAUUAUAGCCGGACCUGAUGCGAUUCUUGCAAAACUGGAAAACAAGGCGGCUGAAAUUGAUGCCUUUGCCAGUGACUACAUGUCGGGAAUAUUUAACAUCGUGGAACAGUUUACCUCCAAGUUGUGGAACUUGAGAAAUGGCUAUCAAACGUGCUUGGCCGCUAACGAAUCCCUGCUGAAAGUAACGUAUGAUGCAUCAAUAAGUCAGCUAACGAACAUUUGUUUAGGUUCUAUUGUAAAACAAUGAAGCUGUUAAGAAUGCUAGAAAGUACAGCUUUCUUCGUGUUGUGAUAAUGGACAUCAAUGAAUAUUGUAUUCACAAGUAUUAUAAUCCAAAUAAAUUAUCUACUAUAAGUGCAUUCAACAUGUUAUUUCGAUCUAUAUACUUGUAGCCUCCCAGAUAAAUUGUGGCGCUUAUAUGCGAAUUUUAAAAUUUAAUGGCAUAAUGAUUUUAUAGCAUAAAAUUUAAGCAAAUAAAUUAAAAUUUGGUUGAAAAUGUAAUAAAUAUUUUGAUAACUUUAG